GCUCAUUAGUGCAGCUCUGAUCCUCUGCUCCUGCAGUUAAACCCUUCUCUUUUUGCAGUAUAGCGACACUUCACACAGUUGAUGUGUUGGUGCUAGCAUCUUCCUGCUUAAAGAAAUAUAAAGCUGGGUAUCUUCGUCUGGGACGAUCGGGAGAUAAUGGCGAAAAAAUGCAACACAACACUGUUGGAGCUCUGUUUGUGUGUGGCCGUGUUAAACUCCAUCUCCGCUUCUCCAGAGGUCUGCACCAAUUCCCUUCUGCCUGGAGCUAAAGGAGACCAAGGCGAGGUUGGAGAGGAGGGAGAUCAGGGGAAACUGGGGAAAAACGGACCACCGGGACUUCAAGGCGCACCAGGAGAGAAGGGACUCAGAGGAGAGGUGGGAACCACAGGAAAGAUGGGAGCUGCUGGAGAUAAAGGGGACAAAGGUGAUACAGGUGUGGAUGGGCCCUCUGGUCUGAAAGGGAAACCAGGCACCACAUGUGACUGUGGCAGGUACAGGAAAGUGGUCGGUCAGCUGGACGUCAACACGGGCAAACUGAGGAGCGCUGUCAAGUUUUUGAAAAAUGUCAUCCUGGGGCUGAAGGAGACGGAGGAGAGGUACUACCUGCUGGUGAAGGAACCCAAGAGGUUCAGAGAGGCGUCGAUGAACUGUAAGCUCAGAGGAGGCUCACUGGCCAUGCCCAAAACCACCGACGACAACCGACUCAUGGCAGACUACGUCAGUCGCGCAGGACUGACGCAAGUUUACAUUGGUGUGCAGGCUCAAAGCAAGGACACAAAUGGAACAAGCAGCUAUGUGUACGCAGACUCCAGCCCCCUGCAGGGGUUUGCAGCCUGGAGUCAAGACGAGGUGCUAAACUCCAGCUUAUCUUCAACCACAAACUCCAGCUGUGUGGAGCUGCUCAGCACUGGAACGUGGGGCCGUGUGGAGUGUGAGGCCUCCAUGUUUUUCAUCUGCGAGUUCCCAAAGAGCAGGAGAAGAGGAGGGAGGACGGGUGCUCCUGAGCUGGGUUCUCUGCUGGUGGCUCCCACAGAGGGAGUCAAGUGGCCUCAACACACUUGGAGUACCGCUGCCUUCACUUACAAAAGGGGCAAGACGAACACAUGAUGAUUAAUAAGGAAUGACUGCAUAGUUAUAAAAAAAAUAAAACACAUUUAGGGUGUGGAGAAUGUUAUGGAGGAGCAGGUCUUUGUCCUUUCGUUAUUACAAACACACCCUCAGGAUUUUUAUGACAUGCUUAGCCAUGAUAAAAGCAAAUGCUGAUGGAAAUUGAUUAGCAUGAAACCAUUACCAACUUGUCAGUGUCAGUACAAGAAGAAGUGCAUCAUUUUAUUAUAUGGAUAUUAUUGUUGUACGGGCUGGACGAUAAAUGAGUGGAUUGAAAUAGAAUCUGUCGAUAGUGAUAGUUAUCACGUUAGAUGUCACAUGAUUAUUGUGUCCUUUUUCUCCUAAUGAAGGUUGUGCUCUUAUAUUGAACAUUUGUUAGAGUGUUA